GGCUUCCAAUCAGAGGCGGAGGCGCGCGGGCACGGGCCAAUGGAGGCCCGGGGAGGGAGGGGUUGUAGAACCGGAAGAGAAGGCAAACCGGAAGCGGGGCCCUGAGACCACGUGGGAGCGCGAUGGGGAUUGGGGGGAAAAUCAACCGGCCCCGGACGGAGCUCCGUAAGAAGCUGUUCAAGCGGCGGCGGGAGCUGGCGCGGGGGCGGCGGCAGAAGCGGCGGUCGGGCCCGUCGGUGUCGGUGCCGCCCCCGCUGUGGGGGAAGAGGCGGCGGAAGGAGCUGAAGCGGCUCCGGGGGGCGGCGAAACGGGCGCUUGAGGCGGCGGCGGCCGCGGAGAGAAAACCGGAGAUGGAAACGCAAAAGAGGAAAAGCAACGAUGUGGAGAUGGAAGAGGAGGAGCCCCUGGGGACAGCGGGGACACCCCCGGGAACAGCAGAGACACCCCCGGGGACAUCCCCGGGCACCGUGGCACUGGUGUCACCUCCCUGGCACCAGUUUGUCACUGUGGUCACCAGUGUCACCUCCCCAGCACUGGGGCCACCUGUCCUUCACUGGGAUCACCCGACCCUCACCGGGGUCACCUGAGUCCCACCAGUGUCACCAGUUUGUCACUGGGGUCACCAGGGGGGCACCAGUGUCACCUCCCUCUCCCCAGUGUCACCAGUUUCUCACUGGGGUCACCAGGGGGGCACCAGUGUCACCUCCCUCUCCCCAGUGUCACCAGAGGCACUGGGGACACCAGCGUCACCUUCUUGGCACCAGUUCAUCCCCAGGGUCACUGGUGUCCCCUCCUCAGUGGCACUGGGGACACCUGGCACCGGAGUCCCAGCGGGGUGCCCAGUUUGUCACCGGGGUCACUUCGGGGGCUGAUUCCCAAUUGUUGCUGUUUAUUGUUAUUAUUUAAUGAUCCAUUAAAAUAUUCUCGUUUA